CCGCGUGAGUCCGUCACUGGCAGUCACUAUAGAAAAAUAAAAAAAAAAAGCCAUCUUUGCAUUGUUCCCGCACCCGCUCCUCCGUCUCCGCAGCUUCCUCGGAUCUACCUGCUGGAGACAUCCCCCCCCACACCCACCUUUUUUUAAUUUAAAGUUCUGUAUAGAUUAGAUUAGAUUUUAUUACAGCCACCAUGUCAGACACAGCAGUGGACGCCAGUGUGGAGAAGACAACUAAGGACUUGAAAGCAAAAGAAAAGGAAGUUGUAGAAGAAACAGAAAUUGGAAAGAAGGCAGCCAAUGGAAAAGCAGAGAAUGAAGAGAAUGGCGAUGAUGGUGGAGACAAUGAAGGCGAUGAGGAGGAAGAAGUUGAUGAGGAGGAUGAAGAAGAUGAAGUAGAAGGAGAAGAAGAUGAGGGGGAUGAAGAUGAUGAAGCUGAUGGACCCACUGGGAAAAGAGCAGCAGAAGAUGACGAUGACGACGAUGAUGUUGAAACAAAGAAGCAGAAAACAGAUGAAGAUGACUAGAGGAAGGGGGGGGGGUUACCCUGUCAUAAAAAUUCUAUAUAUAAUCCUUCUCCACCGCCUCCUCACCCUCAUCACGCUCAGAAUAUGAUCACUUAAAGUGAUGCAUCCGUCCCACCCUUCACGCAGGCUCCCAUGGCCCCCAUCUCCGUCCGCACACAUGGCUACGUCUGAGGCGCAAGUCAUUGUGUGCCGUGGUGCAUACUUUUUAGAGCAGCCCUAGGCCUUCUUAAGCUGAGUGGGCCAACCCCUUUACUGCCUGUGUGGGUUGCAAUCACUUGCUGUCCUCUCUGGUCUCGAGGAAAAAGGGGGUGAGGUUCACCACAACAGAGGUUUUUGUUUUUUCCUUUUUAAAUUUCUCAAAUGGGAAAACUAAAACACCCUUGGAUGUGGGGGUCCUAUGUUUGUAUUUUUUAUUUACAUUUUAUAUUUUUGUACAUAUUGGUAUACAGCUGUCCUUUUUCUGUACCAGGGAUCUGGCUGACAGGGUGUGGGGCUUUUAAAUUACACAUGUAAUUUGUUUUAUUUUAUUUUUUUUGUAAUUGCUCCUGUAGAUUUCUGCCAAUUUAAACCCUGAUGUAUUUUGUUCUUUUCUGGGCGGGGUGGGGUGGAGUAAGAUAGGGCUGUUUCUUCUCCAAGGGGAACAAAUGGAGAAAUCUUUACAAAAAAAAAAGAGAAAAAAAAGUUGUUACAAAAAAAACUAAAUAAAUAAGACAAAAUUCCCUUAUAAGAAAAAUAUUCUGAUCAUUCCAGUAACUUUUUACUUUUUUUGUUGUUUUUGAGCAUAUUUUUAGCUGUACUUUAGAUGGGUUUGGAUGCGUAAAAUGGCCAAAGACUUUUUUUUUUUUUUUUGUGUUCUGUCUGAAGUUGCUGUUUACUUUGUCAUUUCUUGGCCUGGCUGGAUGUGUGUGGCAGUAUUGUCAAUAAAACUGCAAUUUUAAUUUGCAGGCUUACUUUUUGUUCUAAUAA